CUGUUAAAGCUGCUGCCCCCGCGACCCGACCCCGGAACAAGCGGAAGAUAAUGGAUGGAUGGAUGGAUAGUCUUUGCAUUUUUAAAUGUAAAUUUAAAUAAAUUAAUCAUUUUAUUUUGAUAAAUUUAAACUAGUGGAACCACCACAAAUAAGGCUGGUUAAAAAUCCUGAAUGCAAAUAAUAGCAUCUGAUACUCACCAUUAAUCAUACUCUCUUACAUCCAAAAAGAUAACAAAUUCAAAUGUAGUGUAUAGAGUUGGGUAAGAUUACUGGUAUUGAGGGAUGUCCAAUAUAACAAUAUAUAUUGUCAAAACAAUAUAAAAUAACAUUGUCAUCAAGAUUUUAUAUCGUCAAUACGGUGAUAUGCUGGGCAGAAAUUAAAUGUCUGGUCACAGUUUAGAACAUCAGCUAUGCUUAAAAGUGACCUGUAGGUGUCUCGAAACAAAUAUGCUUUGGAGAAGUGUAAUGAUAUAUCAAUUUGAAUCAGUUGUGCGUCUGUGUUCUGUCUUGUGAAGACCUGGAUCGGUAAACUGCCACUGAUACUGAUUAAAUUGCUCUUCCAUUCCGUAUGCAAAUUCUUAAGCUUAAAUUCACCUCAUUACAUUGAGAAAUAAUAGCAAGUCAUUGAACCAAAUUCAUUGAAACUCCAUUGCCAUUUGUCAGGCUACUGAGAUCCGCAAGCGGGGCCCGAGGACCAUCAACAGGGAUGAAGGGUCGUACAUGCUCUCUACGACCUCGACCAGCAUCCUGGAAGAGUGAAUGGUCAGCAGAGGGCGUGACUCGCCUGUCAAUCUGACAGGUGAGUCACGCCUUCGUCCAUCAGCUGAUAAAGACACGUCACACCAACACCAGUGACCCUCUGACAAAGGCGGAAGUGUUAGCCGAAACAUGUCAGGUAAUUAAAUCACCUACUAUAGUCUGGGAUAAAAGAAAAAUUCGACUAAUCCAUAAGUGUAGGCAAAAUGAACUCAAUACAACUAUUCAUUCAACUAUUCAUUCAAACUCACCAAUAUUGGAAAACAACACGUAUAAAAUCCACAACGUUCCUCACCUUAAAAUAAAUCGAAGGCUUGGAAAUCAUUUGGGUUUUUUAAGGAGCAUUGAAAGCUAAACAAAAGUAGUAAUGAAGCCAAUUGAUUUGCACAUGGCUCAAAGCUUCAUAGUGGUGAAUUUGCUGUAAAGCGCCAUCAAGUGGUCUUGGUCAAAUCUAGCCUGUCUUGCAAACUUGUGGCCCUGGGAAAACUUUUUUUUUUUUUGCCACACUGUAAUAUACCCUACCCACCGACGUCACAAAACCACGUGCUCGCUGUGUGGUUCCGCCCACUUGUCCGUCAUUUUGUCUCUGUAUUAGCAUUGUUUUCAAUUGAUCGAGGAAUUUAAAAUGCAUUUCAUGGAAGACCCGGUGCUUUCUGAUGCCGUAAACUCACUGGAUGUGUUGCAUAAAAGGCGUUAUGUGGAAAAGCUUCGUUCUAUACAGUCGCCAGAUCCAUAUUUGAUGCCCAAAUCGAUGUUUUUCGACCCACUGUCUUCGCCCUGUCUGCCUGACAUCUGCUACGCUGAUAUUUACAAUUAUCUUGUCCACACAAAAUCAGCCUAUUCUCACGAAAAUUUGAAAAACUUCAAGAGCUUGGAGGCUUAUAAAUACUUCGUUGCUGGUUGGGUGAAACAGGUCCUCGUCCACGAAAAUUCGGCAGGAAUCUAUCUUGUGCUUGGAAAGGUGAGUUACGAAAUUUUCAAUUCAAAAUCUUUUGUUAUUGCUAACAUCCACUGUCAAGUCUAAUGUAUUUCAUGUCAUUUGUCAAUGGAGUUAAGGCUUUUAAUGUUUAUAUGGUUUAGCGAUAGCACUCUCACUACAUACAUACGUGUAUGUUGUCGGCGAUUAGCCUAGCAAUGAUCUUAAUUGUGGUUAUUUGUCAGCCCCGUAGACGAGGCCAGUUUCUUUCACUUGGUACCAGCUAAAUAUUAUUCAAAAAAUAACGAUGGUGGAAGAAAGGGAAGUCACAAACAUCUUGAAUUUGAAACUAUGUCCUACUACGUCGUAUGUUGUCGGCGAUUAGCCUCGCAAUGAUCUUAAUUGUGGUUAUUUGUCAGCCCAAAACCCUCUAAGUAUAUCUUAAAUGCAUCUUACCGGAUAUAAAAUGACUACUACAAAGUCUGUGGUGAUUUUUUGGUGCCCAGUUUUCACGUCGAAUUGCAGCCGUCCAUUUCGCUCUCCUCUUUGGAUCCCUCGGAAUACGGUAAAACUUCAAGUCUCUCCUUCCAUCUUCUCUGUUAGUGCAACCAACAGCCACAAACGCCUUCACCAUUUUGAUUAUUAAUGUUAAGGAGCAGAAAAACACGCCGUAAAUAGGAGAAAUGUACGUAGCCGUAACAGGUUAACACUAUGUUUUGACGGACAAGUGGGCGGUACCAUUCAGGAGAGCGGAGUUGUGACGUCACGUGGGUAGGGUCUAUAGAGAAGGCAGAGACAUCAAAAGGCCAAUUAUGGCAUCUCGUAAAGAUAUUACAGGCCAGUCUCGCUCAAAGGAGUUUUUUCGUGCGAGAACAUGCCGACUAUUGCCAACAAUCUUACUUAACUUAGAAUAAUAAUUUUAUAACGACUCUUCAAUUACGUAGCUCAUGUAUUAAUGUAUGAAAGUGGAAAAAAAUAAUUAGUAACUUUUUCCGUUUUUUCCACAACCUAACAUUGGUGGGGUAUUGUCGAGGUAGUAUUAAAAGUGCUUCAUUCAAUUAGGUAAAUCAACUUAUUUUCAUUCAUUUGACAAUUGUAAUUAAAUUUCCAUUGUGAAUGUAUUUCAAUAACAAUGCAAUACUUGAAUAGGUUAUGCAGUAAUAAGAAAAUGUUCCUUGCAGACCAGGUGCAUCACUCAAAUGCUCGCAUUCAGCCUCAUUGGAACUUGGAACAGUUUCCAGGCUAGUUGAGGUACACCAGAACCUCCCCGAUACAGGUUUUCUUGAUGCUUGGUCUUUUCGGGGGGGUGAGGUCAGUACAUCCCCCGGAAUUUUUUUUUUUUUUUUUUUUAAAUCAGUGAAAAUGGGUAGCCCAAAAGGAAUUUAUAUUCUAGCCACAAUCUAGCACAGGAAGUGAAAAGCUCAAAUCCUGCAAAGGGCUGUAAGGUCACAACAAAUCGAAUAUACUAAAAACAUGACAAGACAGAAUUAAAAAAAACAAUUGUAAAUCACUAAUGCUUACAUUUAUUCCAACAUUCAAUAAUCUGAGUAAUUUCCCAAUUCCAUAAUCACUUUAAAUCCUUAAUACACUACUAUUCGACAUCAACAAGUAAAAGAACUCCAGUAGUUAUCUUUUUAGAUUGGUCAGUCGUACUCCAAAUUGGAAAGAGGCAAAAAUGUCAUUCCCUACCCGCUGCAGUUGAACAUCUCCAUCGGCUGGGAAGUGCAGUGUGGGGAUGAACCGAUGGACGAAGGGGCUGCUUGUAGCAGAGCCAUACAGGUGACGCACCAGCAUGUCGCUGACCAGCGUCUUUCCUGUGCCAGACGAGCCAUGUAGGGAAAGCACCAGAGGCCUCUCCGGCGUCCUGUCGGCAAGGAAGCGCACCACCUCCUCGGAGAUGAUGUCCUGGGCGAGGUGCUGGCCGUAGACAUUUUUGUAAAGAUCCCACUCCAACUCUGACUCACAAAUCACAACAUUUAACAUUAUUUAAAAUUGACGGUUCAGAAUAUUGUGUUGUUCCGAUACUAGUAGUGAUGUCCCGAUCAUACAUUUUUGCACCUGAGUCAAAGUCACCUAAUUUUCAAGAUGUGUUAAAACCAAGUCCCGAUACCUUGCGCAUGUAUUAAUGUAUGGAUAACCAAAGCUGCCAAAAUUAAAAAUACCGUAUUGGCCCGAAUAUAAGACGGUGGUUUUUUGCAUUGAAAUAAGACUGAAAAAGUGGGGGUCGUCUUAUAUUCGCGGUCUAGACAUUAUACCCAUUCACGACGCUAGAUGGCGCCAUAUAUCAUUGAAGCCAUGUUCUGUCAUGACAGAUCUCAGCUCCUCUCAAGUUUAACCAGUUUGCAUUAUGUUAUUGCAAUGUUUUUCCUUAUUCAGAUUUGUUUCAAGACUACAGUUACAGUUAGACUUCACUUUGAUGGUUAAUGCAGUUAUUGCAAUUUUGUUGUUUUAUCACAAUAGAUUGGUUUAUUUACAUUUCAAAAACCAGAAGCCAUUCAUUUACGAAUGUGAUUGAACUUUAGUUUACAUAUUAUUUAAAUGUUCAGAUAUUAAGAUUUGAAUGAGGCAAAAUAACAUGCUUUUUCCUCUCAAAUAUAUUGUUAUAAUCAAGUUUCAGAUGUACUGUAAUUAUUUUCAUUAUAAAAAUUAAUUUGUUCAAAAAGUCCUUUUUCAAACUUGAGUCUUGAAAAUGGGGGUCGUUUUAUAAUCAGGGCCGUCUUAUAAUCGGGCCAAUACGGUAAAUGAAUAAAUACAAAAAUAAUAAGAUUCAAAGAUUUAAAAUAAAUAUUAGAACAGAUGGAGUCAACUGAUUCGCUGUGGCGACGCCUGAAGGGAAAACCCAAAACAUGGAAAAAUACAUAAAUAAAAAUACAAAAAUUAAAAAUGAAUAUAAACCCAAAAAUAAGACUUAAAAAAAAUUACAAUUACAAAACAAUAUAAAUUGAAUGAAAUAUCAAUCUAUAAAUGAAAGGGCUUUGCUCUAUUGAUUUAUCUGUUCUAUCGAUUUAUUUCAUUGUCAGCAUACAACAUACAGGAUGGAAUACUAUUCAAAUGAGGGGACGGUCUUACGUGAUAAUAGGUUUGAAUUCUUCGUCUAUUGGUUGUUAUAGAUACUACUGCUACAUAGAUGCCAACGGCUAUCGGGAAAAAUGCUAAGCUAACGUGGACGCUAUGCACACACACUUCUGACACGAAACAAACACUUAAGGAUUGAGAACCACAACUGACACAAAAUACACACAUUUUCAUCAAUUGUUUGUGUGAAUUUUCUUACUUGCAUUGAAAAUGCGCUUUUAAAUCUGAAAUCCACACUCACAUGUCUGUGGAUCUUUUUGAGACUCAUUACACGCAGGGAGAAACAUACAUGCAUUUUUUUUCCUAAUAGGACUCCGUCUGAAGCCAGUCAGAUGUCUCCCUCCUUAACAGCCGAUCAGAUCACCCUAGAGGACCAACGUGUCCAUUUUUGUAGUUUUAUUCUCGUGGGUCAAAACAAUUUCAAAAUUGCGUUGGCUCUUGGUCACAUCAAAAGAACUAAACAUUCCAAUAUCCCUAGUUUCCAAUGCUUCAAUUUCUGGCUACCAUAUUUGAGCAGACUCAACAAACUGGUGAAGCUUUUGGGAAGAAGGUCCAAGUUAUUAGAAAACUUCUUGACAGUGGAACGCGGCGGUGCCACUACAAAAUACAUUUUUAAUAUAGAUUAUGGCAACAUACAAACAAGAGUCAUUCUACAGGAGUGAGACGGGAUGGUAUUUACUUUUUGACUCAGCCCCGGGAUUGGGAUGUAAUGGGAAUUUUCUUUGGACGCGGGAGGGAACGGGAGUGAAAAUCCACUCCCAAUUCAUGCUCUAGUGUGUACAUCGAAAAUGUGUGUUUUCAUUAUAAGACAGUUCUAGCUCCAUAGUAUUUCAAGUUUUUUGUUGAUGGCCAUGUAUCUAUGAAACGUGUGUAAAUAAUGUAAAAAAUAUAAAUACUGCAUGUUACUCCACUCCUCCAUACAUUCAUUUUAUUAUAUUUCAUAUUUAUGUACUACCUGACGAAAGCAGCUGUGAAAGUGAGGCUAACAGGACGAUGACGUACAAAUUCCUCUGCUAGAGCAAAAACGAGGACUUGUUUGCUGCAACAAAUUCUCUGAAUUACAUACCAAUGAUGGAAAAAUGUUUAUUUAUCACUAACAUUGCUCUUCUCAAAUGCCUGUUGUCCUUAAUUUGUACCAUACCAAAUUAUCUAGUUUAUGUGCUAGAUAUAAACACAUUUCCACUUCAAUUAGCAUCAGACUGUAGGCAAAAACACAACGUAUUUAUUUAUCAAAAUAUAAUUGUAUGUCAGUUCGGGCAUCAGGAGGUCAAACUUUAAUUUAUAAAAUGAAAUUUGUAUUUCCUAAAAUUGGUCUACGACUCACAGCUGUUGAAGCUACAAUUAGCCGUCGAGAUAGCGGACUAAGCUAAACCCGGAAGCACUUACCGCUAAUGUUGGGCCGAAAGUCGCAGUCACAGCUGUCAGCGAAGGUGCAGUAUAAUGUUUGGAACAUGCAGUGGGCCGGCGCGAAAAUACUUAGAAGCAGCACAAUCAAAAGAGUUAGCAUUUUCUUUUGUUUGGGGGAUUUUGUUUAAGCUUAAAGCCCUCGCCAUUUGACUCCCCAACCACUAACCAGCUAUCUUAAACCUGGCCAGUUGUUUAUUGGAUGACGACUGAUCACGUGGUUGCCUCCUCGGACAUGUCACGGCCAAUUCUGUUGACGCUGGCAGCACUAUUCUGCACUUGCAGCAGUGGGGUCACGGGGGGCAAGAUCUUGGUCUUCCCCAUCGACGGCAGCCACUGGAUCAACAUGAAAGUUUUGAUCGAGGAACUACACACCCGAGGCCAUGACAUUACUGUAGUGCGACCAUCUGACAGCUGGUACAUCCAACCAGAGUCAGACCUCUAUAAGACCAUCACACUACACUCCCAGGGUGGCUUUGACGAACUCAGUUUCGGCUCCUUCGCCAACCGGCUGCUCACUAUGCGGCGGGACGGUGCGUCCCUGUGGAAGCGGCUGGCACUGGAAUAUGAGCUGGUCAACCAGUUCUACAUCCUUAACCAGCAAACAGUGAACAUGAUUUCCAAGGUGUUCGAGGACCAAGAGAUGAUGAGGAACCUACAGGAAGCCAAUUACGAGGUGGUUCUCACCGAUCCAGCGAUUGGGGGUGGUGUCCUUCUUGCUCGCCGUCUGGGUCUCCCUCUGGUAUUGAACGUCCGUUGGACUGUUCAGGGUGAGGCGCAUAUGGCCAUUGCGCCCUCACCCUUGUCUUAUGUCCCCGUCCCGGGAGCCAAUCUGACAGAUAAGAUGACGUUCUGGGAGCGUUUCAAAAAUGUCUUGUAUUUCUUGUUUACACGUUGGCAGGUUUGGUAUGUUUCAGACUCAACUUACAAAUCUUUUGUCCACCGCUAUUUUGGCCCGGACAUUUACUACAUGGAGCUUUUCCAGUCGGCCGACAUCUGGCUGAUGAGAAAUGACUUCACCUUUGAGUUCCCGCGGCCCACCAUGCCCAAUGUGGUCUACAUGUCCGGGUUCCAGUGCAAGCCGGCCCGGCCACUCCCUGCUGACCUGGAGGACUUUGUGCAGAGUUCUGGGGAGCACGGCGUGAUUGUGAUGACUCUGGGAACCCUUGUGGCAGACCUCCCCGAGGAUAUCACCGAUGGAAUUGCCGCUGCCUUCGCCCAGCUACCCCAAAAGGUGAUCUGGAGGCACCGGGGUAAGCGUCCGUCUACCCUGGGAAACAACACGCUUCUCCUUGAAUGGGUUCCACAGAAUGAUCUACUAGGUCACGCUAAAACCAGACUCUUUGUCGCGCACGGCGGCACCAACGGUCUGCAGGAGGCUAUUUACCAUGGCGUCCCACUGGUAGGCCUCCCACUGAUGUUCGACCAGCACGACAACUUCUUCCGGAUGAAGGCCAGGGGGGUUGCCAAGGUGCUCGACAUAGCCACAGUGAACCAGGAGAAUUUUCUGGAAGCCUUACUGGCGGUUCUGCACGAGCCGUCGUAUGCCGACAAGAUGCGGAAGUUGUCAGCGUUGCACCGUGACCAACCGAUCCCACCUCUGCGCCGCGCUGUCUUCUGGAUCGAAUUUGUCAUGAGACACAAGGGGGCCCCGCACCUGAGGACCGAAUCCUACAAGAUGUCAACUGUACAGUACUACAGUCUGGACGUAGCGGCCUUCCUGAUGGCUGUGGCAGUAACAAUUGCUGCUAUCUGCAUUAUGCUGCUAAAGCUUUUGUGGCGAUGUUUGUUUUAUAGAUUCAAGAUGAAGAAAGAAUGAUUGCCCCACUCUACUGUAUAGUUUUACUAUAUAUUUUCUGUUAAAGUCACUGUUCAUACAUAAUUUAUAGUUGUACCUCGAGAUACGAAAGCUUUGGUACAUGAAAAAUUCAUUUCACGAAAAGUUUUUCAAAGCUUUUUCCACUUCAUAUUACAAAAAAAUAUCGUCAUACGAAAGAUAAUACGAACUGUAAUAGAUAAUUCCCGCUUGCAGCAAUGCAAUAAUGUAACUACGUUCAACUAUAAAUGUAAACAAACAAGGUAUGCACACCACAAUGUGCUACUCAAUGCUCAUGUAUAUGAAACAAAAGAAGAAUAUAAGUUAUGAGUGAUGUUUUGACAAGGCACAAACAGCGAGAUGAAAUAGCAAGCAAUGGCUGUCGAAGUUAGUUUGCCUUUUACCACUCCAUGUUUGCUAUGAACUCCAAUAGUCAUAUGAUCGUCUAUAGAAUGUGCUGAAACCUAACAAACUACAGUAGUUACCACUAAGGGGGCAACAAAGCUUUACAAAAAAAGACAGGCAAUCAGAGGACAUCACAACAAAUUUAACGUGUUGUUUUAGGAAAAUUUGAAAUGAAUUAGGCAAUUUACAUGGAAAACUAUUCAUUUUAUAUCUUGAGGUACCAAUGAACGUAUAUAUCCACAUACACAUACAGUAUAUACAGAUACAUAUGUAUACACAUGUAUAUACAGUCUACUGUAUAUGAGAUAUACAGUAUAUACACAUCAUAUUUAUUGUAGCUUUUCUUGGGGAAAAAAUGGGAAUAGAUCAUACAAAAGUUCAAAUGUCAAAGUUUAAAAAUUAGACAAGUUUUAUAACUUUUUUCUUAUUAAUUAAAAAACAAAUCAUUGAAUAUGUUUCCUCAUUUCAACAUUGAUAAAACAUGCAUCCUGUUAUGUCGAGCUGUUUCUUAAGUUAAAAUAAAUUGAAGUAACAUCCUUUAAAAAGCAGGAAAACAUUAUUUCCAAGGCCCUAUUAUGUUUUCUUGUGAUGGUAUAAAUAUUUUACAAUUUUUUAAAAAGAGUUUUAUAAAAUCAGAAUGAUGCGCAAUGUGUCCUAUUGAUCUGUGACUUUUAGAAAUGUGAUAAGACAAGAUCAUUUUUGUCAUUUCAAAAUGAAAUACAAUCCUUUUUUGUUAUUUUUUCUCUCCUCUGUAUUAUGCAGUAAUUACUAUAUACUAUAAUUAUUUUACAUUUAUUUUCUUUUUUUACAUGUUGCUGGUCACAAUGAUCAUUAGCAUAUUUGGUGUGCCAAAAAUAGAAACACAACAGGAGACUCAACUAAAUAAAAAUAUAAUUUUAAAAAUCUUAUUCAUGGAUUAAUUGACAGAUAAGUCUCAUGAUACGGUGACAUGCAAGAAACUCACUCAUGUUGUCAGUGGAGGAAGAGAGCGCAGGCUGUUGUUGGUCUCGAUGCAACAAUGAGGGGCUGCAUACAGAAAAAAGAGGUUGUAUGUCUACUGUUUUACAUUUCUACGAUCCCUUAACUGCCAUUGACAUUUUCAAACGAGAAAAAAUUGGUGUUGUACAAACACUAACACAUAAAAGGUGCACUAUGUAAGAUUUGCACUUCACUCAUUCAUUAAAUGGCCCUAACAGUAUUUCAAUAAACGUUAAAGAAAUGCUUUUUGAAAGUGCUUCUAUGGUAAAUGGAGUUACACUUGGAGAGCGCCUUUCCACCUCUUAGGCACUCAAAGCCCUUUGACAUUAUAUCCUCAUUCACAUAUUGAUGACGCAGCACCAGCAGCAACGUCGGGUUCAGUAUCGUGCCCAAGGAAACUUAGACGUGGUUACCAGGGUGGAGAAUCCCGCAACCUCUGGGUUGGGGAACAACACCACUGAGCCAUCCCAAAAAGUACAAGUAAAAAGGUAUUUGGUGAAAAAAAUAGUUAAGUAAUGGGUAACACUGUCAAUAACUGCUUACAAUCUGAUUCUUUUUUGAACAAUGUUAUAUAUUUUUUUCUAGUACAGUAUCAUCUAUAAAAAAGUAUAUAUCUGUUUUCUCGUGGUCUACCGGUGCAAAAUAAAAACUGGGAGAGAGGUUGAAACCCUCGCUUUCGAGUAAUGUUGACUCUAUGUCAAUGGCUUAAAUUUUUAUGGCGCUUUAAAGACACCACGUGAUUUAACAGGCCAGCGUAAUCAUGGGACUUUGGACUGCAAACUUGUGCGUGGUCAUGUGACUGCAUUGUUUUGUCAUAUUCACUGUUGCCACUAGAGGGCAGUGUAUCCUCCCAAAUCAAUAAGACUAAAUUCAACACUUUCAAAAGCCAUUCUAAUUAAACAAACCAUUGAAGCAACAAAAUUGAAUUUGAAGCUUAUUUCUAAUAGAAUUACUUGAUUUAAAAAAUGAGUCGUUGCACAACUAGUAUGACUCCUA